AUGCUGCUGUUCGUGUUUCUCGUGACGGUGGCCCUUUGGGGUGUGUUGCGGAUGUACCAGCAACGUCAGCGGCUGUGGAAAAUCGCUUCCCGUUUCAACAGUCCCAAACCGCACUGGCUGCUCGGAAUUUUGCCCUUGUUCCCACCGAACGACAUACCCGGCAUCUUCGAGACGAUGGUGAAGAUGCACGAGCAGUACGGGCAGGAUCUCUUCAACUGGGGCCUGCUGAACGACCACAUGGUCAUCGUCACCAGUGCGACCAACGUCGAAAAGGUGGUGAUGGCGAAGAAAACGCAAAAGUCCCAGAUAUACGACUUUAUCGAGCUCUGGCUGGGCAAGGGUCUGCUCAUCUCGAGCGGCGAAAAGUGGUUCCAUCGGCGGAAAAUUAUCACGCCCACGUUUCACUUCAAGAUACUGGAAAACUUUGCCACCGUGUUCAACCGGGAGGUGGAGGUGCUGGUGAAGAAGUUAAGCCCGCACGCCAACACCGGACGGGAGUUUGACAUCUACGAACCGAUCUCGCUGUACGCGCUCGAUAGCAUCUGCGAGACGUCGAUGGGUGUCGAAAUCAAUGCGCAGCAUAAUCCGGACAACCAGUACGUGCGUGACGUGAAGCGGAUGAGCGAGUUGGUAUUGCUACGCAUCUUCCACGUACUGUCCUCCUUCCCGCAACUCUACUGGUACACGAUGCCCAACGCUUGGGAGCAGAGGAAGUUGAUUAGACGACUCCAUGCCUUCACCGACUCUGUGAUUCAAAAGCGUCGCCAACAGUUGCUAACUGCGGGACAAGGUGGGCAGGUGUUGGAAGCGGAUGAAGAUAACAUGGUGGGCGAUAAACAGCGGAAGACCUUCCUCGAUCUGUUGCUGAACGUCACUGUUGAAGGACAGCCACUGUCUGAUGCAGAUAUCCGGGAGGAGGUAGAUACCUUCAUGUUCGAGGGUCAUGACACGACUACCUCCGGGAUAGCAUUCACCUUCUAUCAACUUGCCAAGAAUCCGGACAUCCAGGAGAAGCUCUAUCAAGAGAUCCAAGAUGUACUUGGGGCGGAUUUCCGCACUGUUCCGCUCACGUACAACACGCUCCAGAACUUCCCUUAUCUGGACAUGGUGGUGAAGGAGUCGCUACGUCUACUGCCACCUGUAUCAUUCAUUGGGCGUCGUCUGGUCGAAGACAUUGAAAUGAAUGGCGUAACGAUUCCUGCCGGAACUGACUUUACCAUCCCCAUCUACGUUAUACACCGGAACCCGGCCAUCUACCCCGACCCGGAACGUUUCGAUCCGGAGCGCUUCUCGGACGAAAGCACUCAGCGCCGUGGCCCGUACGACUACAUCCCGUUCAGUAUCGGUUCGCGGAAUUGCAUCGGUCAGCGUUACGCGCUGAUGGAGAUGAAAAUCACCAUCAUCAAGAUGGUGGCACACUAUCGCAUCCUGCCCGGUGAAAGUAUGCCUCAGGUGCGCCUUAAGACGGAUCUGGUGUUGCGGCCGGAUAAGGGUAUUCCAAUCAAAAUCCAGCGAAGAUCAUAG